AUGGACCACGCGGCAAUCCCACCAAGUAAAGGGUAUGGAGCACGCCACACAUUCACAAUCCUUUCCUUUAUUGGGUACUUCCAUCUUUACGCCUUGCGGUUUAACAUCAGUAUUGCAAUAGUAGCCAUGGUUAACCACACCGACACCUUUUCCAACACAAAUGUUACCGAGGUUUCCGAAUGUCCAGAUCCUGGAAUCAACAAGACAACAAAGAUUUCGGACCAGGCUACCUAUGAUUGGGAUGAAGCAACCCAGGGGCUCAUAUUGAGCUCAUUCUUCUAUGGAUAUGCUUUUACACAAAUACCAGGAGGGUUCCUCGCCGAGAAGAUAGGAGGAAAGAGGCUGUUUGGGUAUGGUAUUCUCGUCACCGCCCUUCUUAGUCUUCUCACUCCUCUGUCUGCUAAUGCUGGACCUUGGGCAGUGGUCAUAGUGCGUGGCAUGAUGGGACUUGCAGAGGGUGUAACCAUACCCGCCCUCUCGGCUAUGCAAGGGAAAUGGCUCCCAAGGUUGGAGAGGACGCUACUCUCAAACGUAGCUAAUGCAGGUGCUCACUUCGGUAACGUGAUCUGUUUGCCUAUAGCCGGAUAUCUUAGCUAUUCUAAUGUAUUUGGUGGAUGGCCCUCCGGAUUUUAUAUAUUUGGCGGAGCUGCUAUCAUAUGGUGUUUCUUUUGGCAUUUUUUGAUAUUUGAAUCCCCCGCACAGCACACACGUAUUGCUCCAGACGAGAAGCAAUACAUCGAAAGCACGACGGGAGUCCGACAUCUAAAGAGUUACCCGACGCCAUGGAGGGCGAUACUGACGUCAUCAGCUAUGUGGGCCAUCAUUCUGACAGCUUUCCUGCAGACCUGGGGUAUUUACGUCACCCAUACAACGUUGCCUAGAUACAUGCACAACAUACAAAAGUUUGAUAUCGCACAGGAUGGUCUCCUGAUGGCGCUACCAAAUUUGUUCAACAUAUUCGCAAGUGUCGUGGGAAGCUGGUUUGCAGACUUCUUGCUGAAGAAACAAUGGUUGUCAACUGUGGCCGUACGAAAAAUACUGAAUACCCUAGGGUUACUUCCGGCUGCUCUAUGUUUGCCAUUUAUCUCCCUUGCUGGAUGUGACCAUGUUGCUGUUGUCGCGCUCAUUGUCUUUGGAAACGGAAUGUUGGGAGUUUGUGGUUCUGGGAUUUGGGUGAAUAUCCUUGAUAUUGGCAAUAACUUUUCUGGAUUAACCAUGGGUCUGGCCAACUUCUCCGCAAACUUAUCAGGAGUUAUCUCCCCAUACUUUGUUGGCCUCAUGACGAAUAAUAACGAAACCAUGCACCAGUGGAAUUUGAUUUUCUAUGUUUCUAUGGCCUUCUACCUGCUAGGAAUACUCAUCUUUGUCUUGUUUGCCAAAGGAUCAGAACAACCUUGGAAUCGUUUGCCGCAUGAGGAAACAGACACCGGGGACCAGACCUAUGGUGAUGGAGCCUCUUCAGACGAAAAAAGAAGUCAACCUCCUUGUUACAAAACACUAACGGAAAAUAUGUGA